CCCAGUUGUCGCACAGACCUCACAUAGAGAAUCUGUAUAGAAGAAUGGAAACACCAACACUGAAAGAUAUUGGACACCUAACCAAGUUUAAUGGCAGCAACUUCCAACGCUGGAAAUGUGGUUUAAGACUCACCCUUGAACACCAUCAACUUAUCGACAUCAUUGAUGGAACAGAAACUAAACCAACUGAGGUAAGAAACAAUGACAACGUCGUCACAAAUGCUGCACAAAUUCAAAGAUGGAAAGAAAGAGAUGUUGCAGCUCGAAAUUAUCUAUUUGCCACUACUGAAGAUGAUCUACGAGAUACCCUCUGCACAGCAACAACAGCAGCCGAUAUGUAUGAGAGAAUAAGAAACCAACACGCUCGCACUGCAGCUGAUAAUCGACUUAUCCUUCUUCAACAAUUCACCGAGUACUAUUUCAACAAGGCCAUAACGUCACAAGCCAUGUAACAGCUCUCGAACUUCUGUGGUCAAGAUUAACGGAAAUUGGAGAACAUAUUCUUGAAAGUCAAGUUAUAGCUAUAAUUCUCUCCACACUUCCAUCAACCUAUUGUCACUUCUACACCACCUGGAACAAUUCACCAGAAGCAGGAAGAACUGUCAAACUUCUGCUCACUAAACUACAAGAAGAAGAGGCGAUUACACAGGCAUUUAACAGAAACAACCCUCCAACGGAAGGAGCCUAUGUUGCACCCAACCACUUCCAAAUUCCCGCUCAACGAAAUCAAAAUCAAUCUCUACAACAACCUUACAGCAGGCCUCAUCCUUACUCAAUGUCUAGAGGAGGUCACCAAGGAGGAAGAGGAGGAUUCCAGUCAGGAAGAGCAGGCUAUCCAGGUGUCAGAGGAGGAUAUCGUGGCGGUUUUCGUGGAGGCUAUCGUUGAUUCAGAAGUGGCCCGCAAGUUCAAGGAGAACUCUGCUCCUACUGUGGAUUAGGUCCUCACAAAGCCACAAACUGUAGAAAUAGAAUGAGAGAUGAAACUGA